GAGCAACCAACGGGCUUUGGGAUUGGAACGAAUCCAUUGACCUUCCACAAUGUCCUGGCGCACACCACUUACCAAGAACCUCAAAGAGCUCCGUAUUCACCUCUGCCAGACGUCAGCUGGAAGCAAGGGAACAAGGGACUUCAUCUUGAAACAAUACUCUGCAAUCAAAGACGCAAACCCUACCUUGCCAAUCCUUAUCCGGGAGGCUUCGGGAAUUGAGGCGAGGGCAUUUGGCCGUUAUGCGUUGGGACAGGAACGUAAGGUAACUCUAGAGAACCUCUCGGAAGGCGAAGUUGAGGCCCGCAUCAAACAACUAGCGGAGACCCGGCCAAGCUCCAGCGAGCUUUGAGUCGGGAUUGGGAGGAUUGUACAGUGCAAAUGGAUUCGGAUAGAUAGACGCCAAGGUUAUGUUGAGGUGCUGGGAAGGACGAAUACCAUCUUAACGUUUUUCUUAACUGGGAAAUGUUGUGAUUCACAAAUCAAGACAUCAUGGAAUUACUAUACAAUUUUGAGGAAAGUGGUUGGAGAUUCAAACCUGCUGCCACUGUGGGUGGUCGAGACAUGAUCAGGGCUGGCCGUUAUGGGAAGCUUCAUCAUCUGCUUACGGUCGGCGCGCUCAUGGGAGAUUAUGAAAUAUCUUUUACAAUGGUCAUGCGCAAAUGAUUACAGAAAUCUGUAACUGGAGGAAAGACAACCAUCCGGCCAUGGAACGAUACGGAGAUCCGGCCAAUCCCGGAAUACAUGU